AGUCUAAAAUGGCAAUUUAAUGAUCGUUUCUCAUACAGCAGAGAAGUCAUGUUGCCCCGGAGUUAAGGGGAGAUUUUUCCCGUUCGCCUGAAUCCAUCGAAUCACAGUCCACAAUCAUCUCUCUGAUCUCGUCCUCCAUUAACACAAUCCCGACUUCACCUCAAUUUCUCUUCUCUACUUUCAACAAUGGCGGAUUCCUCAGGUAUGACGCUUAUGGAUCUGAUGACGUCCGACCCUAAGGCGGUUCUACCAUCUUCAUCUUCAUCUUCUUCGUCGUCUACUCCUGCUCCUUCUUCAUCUUCACAAAUGGCGGCUUCUCCUACUAGGCCUCCGCCUACAUCGUUGGGUAAACCUGUUACAGAUCGUAAAUCAAAGAGGACUACUCUUUUGCAGAUUCAAAAUGAUACUAUUUCCGCUGCUAAGGCUGUUCGUGCUAAUAUCAUGCCCCAAAAACAAAAGAAGAGGCCGGUUUCUUACGCUCAACUUGCAAGGAGUAUACAUGAAUUAGCUGCUACUUCUGAUCAAAAAAAUUCCCAAAGGCAGUUGGUGAAUCAUGUAUUUCCAAAGCUUGCUGUAUAUAACUCAGUUGAUCCUUCUCUGGCUCCAUCACUUCUUAUGCUUGAUCAGCAGUGUGAAGAUAGAAGCGUUUUACGAUAUGUCUAUUAUUACUUGGCCAGGAUUUUAUCUGAUACUGGUUCACAAGGUCUAGGUACUGGUGGUGGCAUUCCGACUCCUAAUUGGGAUGCUUUAGCUGACAUUGAUGCUGUUGGUGGGGUUACUCGAGCAGAUGUUGUUCCGAGAAUAAUCCAACAACUUACUACCGAGGCUGUAAAUGAAGAUGUUGAAUUUCAUCCCCGAAGAUUACAAGCACUGAAGGCUCUUACAUAUGCUCCAUCAAGCAAUUCUGAAAUUCUUAUGAAAGUGUAUGAAAUUGUUUUUGGUAUUCUUGACAAGGUUGCAGAUGGACCUAACAAACCAAAGAAAGGGAUUUUUGGAACAAAAGGUGGUCAUAAGGAGCAGUUCAUUAUCCGGAGUAAUUUGCAAUAUGGUGCGCUUAGUGCUUUGAGAAGACUUCCUUUAGAUCCAGGAAAUCCAGUGUUCCUCCAUCGUGCUGCCCAGGGGAUUUCUUUUGCUGAUCCUGUUGCUGUGAGGCAUUCUUUGGAGAUACUCUCUGAGCUAGCUGCUAAAGAUCCUUAUGCUGUUGCAAUGACAUUAGGAAAGCAAGUUUCUUCCGGAGGUGCACUGCACGAUGUUCUCCAUUUGCAUGAUGUCAUGGCUAGAGUUGCGCUUGCAAAAUUGUGCCAUACAAUAUCAAGAGCACGAGUGCUGGAUGAAAGGCCUGAUAUUAAAACUCAGUUUAGUUCACUGCUCUAUCAACUCCUUCUUGAUCCAAGUGAAAGAGUUUGCUUUGAGGCUAUCCUUUGUGUAUUAGGAAAAUAUGACAACUCUGAAAGUACUGAAGAACGCGCUGCUGGAUGGUAUCGUUUAACUCGAGAGAUCUUGAAACUGCCUGAUACACCAUCUGUAUUGACAAAAGAAGCUAAAAAAGAUGCUAAGAAAGAUGCGAAGGAUGAAGCGAAGGAUGCACUCCCUCCAAAGUCUGCAAAAGAUAAAUCAAAGAAAACAAGGCGACCUCAACCACUUAUUAGACUUGUCAUGAGAAGAUUGGAGAGUGCUUUUCGUAGUUUCUCGAGGCCUGUACUCCACACAGCUGCAAGGGUUGUACAGGAGAUGGGAAAAAGUCGAGCUGCUGCCAUUUCUGUAGGUUUGCAGGAUAUUGAUGAACGGGACUAUGUUAAUACGUUUUCUGAUACAGUGGAUGAUCCUGAUAUCAAUGAAAGCUCGCAAUCUGAAGGUAUAAGAAGGACAACCUCUAUGUCAAAUGGAACUGGUGCAAGGGAUACAAUAGCAAGCUUAUUAGCUUCAUUAAUGGAAAUAGUGAGGACAACUGUAGCGUGUGAAUGUGUUUAUGUCCGUGCUAUGGUAAUUAAAGCAUUGAUCUGGAUGCAAAGUCCUCAUGAAUCCUUUGAUGAAGUAAAAUCCAUUAUUGCAUCGGAGCUGUCAGAUCCUUCAUGGCCGGCAGCGCUAUUGAAUGAUGUUUUGCUCACACUACAUGCUCGAUUCAAGGCAACUCCAGAUAUGGCUGUGACCCUAUUAGAAAUUGCUCGGAUUUUUGCUACAAAGGUUCCUGGAAAGAUUGAUGCUGAUGUGCUACAACUUCUAUGGAAAACAUGCCUUGUAGGGGCUGGUCCAGAUGGAAAACACACUGCUUUGGAAGCAGUGACUAUCGUUCUUGAUUUACCACCUCCACAGCCAGGUUCAAUGGCUGGCAUAACUUCAGUGGACAAAGUCUCAGCUUCUGAUCCAAAGUCAGCUUUGGCUUUACAAAGAUUAGUUCAAGCAGCAGUGUGGUUUCUUGGAGAAAAUGCAAACUACGCAGCAUCAGAAUAUGCUUGGGAAUCAGCAACACCUCCAGGCACUGCAUUAAUGAUGUUGGAUGCUGAUAAAAUGGUUGCAGCAGCCAGUUCUCGUAACCCCACUCUUGCUAGUGCUUUGACUAGGUUGCAAAGGUGUGCCUUUAAUGGUAGUUGGGAGAUCCGUAUAGUUGCUGUGCAAGCUUUGACGACGAUGGCUAUCAGAUCUGGUGAGCCCUACCGGAUACAGAUAUAUGAGUUUUUAAAUGCUUUAGCUCAUGGUGGAGUGCAAGCAAAGUUUUCUGAUCUGCAUGUUAGUAAUGGGGAAGAUCAAGGGGCAAGUGGCACAGGACUUGGUUCACUUUUGAGUCCAAUGAUACAAGUCCUUGAUGAAAUGUAUAGAGCCCAAGAUGAUCUGAUCAGGGAUAUAAGGACCCAUGACAAUGCAAAUAAGGAGUGGACAGACGAAGAACUUAAAAAAUUAUAUGAGACCCAUGAGAGACUGCUUGAUCUUGUUUCACUAUUUUGUUAUGUUCCUAGAGCGAAGUAUCUUCCGCUUGGACCAACGAGUGCAAAGCUCAUUGAGAUCUACCGCAACACGCAUAACAUAACUGCAUCAAGUGGAUUUGGUGGUUUCGGCAGUUUAAAUGAUCCUGCUGUUGCAACUGGGAUUUCUGACCUUAUGUAUGAAACAAAAGCUACACCUACUGAAUCUGAUGGGCUUGAUGAUGACCUAGUAAAUGCAUGGGCAGCAAAUCUUGGAGAUGAUGGCUUGCUGGGAAAGAAUGCACCAGCAAUGAAUAGAGUUAAUGAGUUCCUUGCUGGUAUGGGAACGGAUGCUCCAGAUGUGGAUGAAGAGAAUGUGAUCGCUAGACCUUCAAUUGGUUAUGAUGACAUGUGGGCAAAGACACUUUUAGAGUCUACCGAACUAGAGGAAGAUGAUGCAAGGUCAUCUGGUUCAUCUUCUCCAGAUUCAGCAGGAUCAGUCGGGACUUCCAUAUCGUCACACUUUGGAGGAAUGAAUUAUCCUUCACUUUUUAGUUCAAAACCAUCCUAUGGGGGUUCACAGUCAACGGAGAAGGCAUCUAACAAGUAUCCCAUGGGGGGUAGUUCAUCCCUAUAUGAGGGUUAUGGAUCUCCGAUUAGAGAAGAACCCCCAUCAUAUGAAUCACACGCUUUUGAGAGGGAGGAUUCAUUUGUGAAUCCUUUAACUGGAUCUGGGUCACGAAGUUUUCGAUCUCUGGAUGAGGAACGUGUUUCUACCGGAGUUCCUCGGCCUGGAACUGCAUUGUAUGAUUUUACAGCUGGUGGAGAUGAUGAGUUAAAUUUAACAGCAGGUGAAGAGGUUGAAAUCGAGUAUGAAGUGGAUGGCUGGUUUUAUGUAAAGAAAAAGCGCCCUGGCAGAGAUGGCAAGAUGGCUGGGCUAGUACCAGUACUCUAUGUUACCCAGUCAUAAUCAUGUUGGUACUAUUGUGGAUAUAUUAUUUGCAUCUCGCGGGUGUUGUAGAAGUCGAUAUUGUUCACCUAGUGGUUCCCAAAGAGAAACUAAUAACCAACAUCGGCUCGAAUUGCUAGUCAAAUAUGAGAAAUGGUUUCUCUCAACUGGUUCAUUCGUGUUAUUGUACUUGAGUUCUUAACCAGUUCUAUAUCUACUGAUUUCCCCGUGAAGCUUAGCUCAUGUUAUCUGUAUAGCUCCUGCUUGGGUACACAAGCAGCCCAUAUUUUUCGCGUAGGUUGAUGUCAGGCGUGCCUUGUGAAAUUUGUGCUACGGUUGAGUUCCAAAUGAUAAAUAGAAAGACAUCUAAUUAAAAGACAUUGUAGUUAGGAUUGUGCGGAAGUGUAGUUCAUCAACAAUGUGUUUUAUUGCAAACAUUUGAAAACCUCGAUAUAAUAUGUUAAGUUGAGUUGGUUCCUUGACAUGAUACCCAUUCUUUUUUGUAACCUCGGCUGUAUUUUUGACGAUUUACUGUCAAUUUGUAAUACCAUUCUUUGUAGUGUAUUAUUUGUGCUAAUUACCACUAUCAGAA